AUGACUGAACAGGAGGAUAUUCCGAGGGAUGUUAGGCUUUUGCACUUGUUGCUGGCGUCACAGUCGAUCCACGCGUAUGAAGAUCAAGUACCACUCCAACUUAUGGAUUUUGCCCAUCGCUAUACUAGAGGUGUAUUGAAGGAUGCAGUGCUGUAUAACGACUAUGCGAGCAAUGGGAGUGGCAGCAGCGAGUUGACUGUGGAGGAUGUGCGGUUGGCUAUUGGAGCAAGGACACAGUAUCAGUUCAAGCCUACAGCACCUAAGGAACUGCUAUUGCAGCUGGCGCAGGAACGAAACAAAAAACCGCUUCCCCAGGUGAUGUCCAUGUGGGGUGUACGUCUACCUCCUGAGAAGUACUGUUUGACGGCUAAAGAAUGGCGAUUGGACGAUGAAUUGACAGAGGAAUGA